UAUUUUGAGUUGCCUAACAAUCACCUAAUCAUAUGAUUGUCAAAAAUUUCUAACCUGAGAAAAUCUAUUUAAAAUUCAAAUUUCAAAUUAUGUUUUUAGAUUUAGGAGACAUUUUAGAUCACAAAUAUACUAUUGUUACCUCUAGUAUUCUCUUAGUUAUUCCAAUAUACUCGUGGAAGUCGUUUUUUUCAUACUGGAAACAAUUAAAAAAGGAACACGAUGAUUUAUUACUGUAUCAUGGACGACACAAUUGUACAAUCACUUACAAAGCAAAUAAGGGAUUUACUGGAUGGCCUCAGCAUAUGAAUAAUAUAAAUUUUAUAAGAGAAAAUAGAUUUGAGAACCUUUACGAACCAAUCCUUUAUUUUAUUAGUACUGCCAAGGAAUCGUUAGAUAUUGCCAUGAUGAUCAUUAAUGUGAAUUCUAUUAGUUCAGAAAUCCUCAAAGCUGUUAAAAGAGGAGUAAAAAUACGAAUAAUAAAUAAUUUCCUUCACACAAACAGCAAUAAAGAUGUUAUACAAAAAUUAAUGAAAGAAGGUGUAGAAUAUCAAUUUUACGUCGCAUCAUCAUGCUCCACAGACACAAUAAUGCAUCAUAAAUUUGCCGUUAAAGAUUUCAGUGAUACAGGUGGUUUCAUGUGCUUGGGAUCUAUGAAUCUUACCAGUAGUUCAGUAUUAAAUAACUAUGAAUCUUUUAUAUUCACAUCAAAUUAUCAUUUGACGGAAGCAUUCAAAAACCAGUUCGAAGACUGUUGGAAUAAUAUAAAAAUUGACAACGAGGGCCUCAUCAAUAAAACAAUUCUUCUGGAUUCUCAUUUGGAUUGUUCACGAAAAACAAGAUUUCAAUAAAGCUUUUUUAUUAUAU